GCGAAUCCGCGUCGCUUCACAGGUCUGCUACAGCUUGCCACCCUGGUUCCUCCUAAUUUCUCCAGCGUACGCGAUACACUCCCCUACACGGGUAGUAGGACAUGAGAAGGGAUGUUCGGAUUAUUCUCGUCGGUGAUGAGGGUGUAGGGAAAAGUACGAUCAUAACUUCACUAAUCAAGGAAUCGUUUGUACCCCAUGUCCAACACGUCGUUCCCGAAGUUACGAUACCUCCAGAAACUACCCCGGAGAACGUGACUACCUAUAUCGUGGAUUCUGGGUGCACGCCACAGGACCGACAACAUCUCGAGACAGAAAUUCGUAAAGCGCAUGUUAUUUGUGUUGUAUAUGCUAUCGACAACCCGAACUCCUUCGAUCGAAUACCGACGUACUGGCUACCAUAUUUUCGCCAAUUAGGUGUCAAUGUCCCUGUUAUUCUUGUUGGAAAUAAGAUUGAUCUACGUGGUGGAGAAGUGACGAACGAGGCCUUGGAGGAAGAGAUCAUUCCAAUCAUGAAUGAGUUCAAGGAAGUUGAGACAUGUGUAGAAUGCUCGGCGAAGCUCCCACUCAACGUCUCCGAAGUAUUCUAUUUCGCUCAAAAGGCGGUUCUGCAUCCUACUGCGCCAUUAUAUGACUCCAGGGAUCAUGUUCUGAAGCGGGAAUGUAUUGCCGCUUUACGACGUAUAUUCAAGCUAUGCGACAUCAACAAGGAUGGUCUUCUUGAUGCUAAUGAGCUGAAUGAAUUCCAGAGGAAAUGUUUCGACACGCCAUUACAAGCACAAGAACUUGAGGGCAUCAAAGCGAUGGUGCAAGAACAUUCGGCUAACGGUGUACGAGAUGGCGGCCUGACAGAAGAAGGUUUCUUGUUCCUCCACACGAUAUUCAUUCAGCGCGGGCGUUUAGAGACUACCUGGACUGUCCUCCGGAGGUUUGGGUACGGAGAAGACCUUCGAUUAACAGAGGAGUAUCUCUAUCCAAAGUUUGAUGUUCCUCACGAUUGCUCGGUGGAACUGAGUCCCCUUGGGUACCAAUUCUUGACUGACAUAUUUGAAUCAUUCGAUAAGGAUCAAGACGGUGCUUUGAACCAAGAGGAACUCAAUGACCUUUUCAGUACAUCCCCAGGGAGUCCAUGGGCAAAUCAGAAAUUUCCUGAUACAACGGUGGCCAAUGAUACCGGCGCGGUGACUCUACAAGGCUGGCUGGCACAAUGGAGUAUGACCACUCUUCUCGACCACAAAACCACCUUAGCCUAUCUUGCCUAUCUCGGAUAUCCUUCACCACGAACAUCUGCGUUGCAAGUCACUCGACCUCGGAAAGCAGAGCGACGGAAGGGCAAGUCAACGCGAAACGUGUUCCUCUGUUACGUCUGUGGUGCUGCGGGAUCAGGGAAGACGUCGCUACUUCAUGCUUUCGUCGGUCGCAAGUUCAGCGACACGUAUGAGCCAACGAAGAAGAUGAAUAGUGUCGUCAACUCAGUUGACAUUGAUGGCAGCGAGAAGUACCUUGUUCUUCAGGAAUUCGGCUCGAAAUACGAAGCCGAAACGCUCAAGAGCUCGAAGAAGACCGACCUUGCAGAUGUCAUCGUCUAUGUGUAUGAUUCCAGUGAUACCAACUCCUUCUCCUACAUUAGCAAUCUACGACAACAAUACAGUCUAGACCAUAUACCCACCCUUUUCGUAGCAACAAAGUCAGAUCUAGACCUGGCACAACAGAGACACGAGGUACAACCUGAUGUUUAUUGUCGGAAACUCGGACUGGCGGUCCCUGUCGCUGUCAGUGUGAAGACGGGACAGAUCGCAGACGUGUUCCAUGCAAUCUGCAGCAUUGCAAUUAAACCGUACGUGUUCUCUUCUUUUCUACCCCAACGUGUAUUCACGACAAGGAUCUGCAUACUUUUCAACCCCAUCUGUCAAUGCGUUACAUCAUUUCGGCUUCUCUUGUCGCGUCCAUUCUGCAGAAACUCGGCAAUACCUGGAGGUGCUGAUCGGGCGUUGUCCUCUGCAGCAAGACUCCGUUCGUACAUCAAGAUAUGUACCCUAGUUGGCGGGCUUGGUGUAGGUGUAUUCCUGCUCUAUCGGACUUGGACUCGACCUGGAGGUUGGCGUGGUGGGUGGUGGACGUGGUUGGUCGGAGGCUGGCGGUAGCUGUGCUGCUCUGUGGCAUUAUUUCUUUAGAGAUUGUACUAUCUGAUGUUUGUGUAGCUAUCGUAAAGCUCUAUAACUGCUCUCGUUUUCCGUUUC